UCUGGUUAUAACCAAAAAAUAUUUUUGUGGGUGACGUUUGAUCGCAGAAUCUUUUGAGAUUGUUCUACGUAUGAUUUGGUCAUUACUAACCAAAUUAAUGUGUCCAAAAGGUGUUAAUAAGAUGGACAUCAUAUUUCAUGAAAAGCAAGAAGGAUUCUUAUGCGCACAACAUUGUUUAAAUGCACUUUUACAAGGACCAUAUUUCAAUGCUGUAGACCUUGCUAUUUUUGGUCAGCAAAUGGAUGAAGAGGAGAGGCUAAGAAUGGCAGAGUCUGGUGUAGACAGUGAAGAUUAUAAACUUUUUUUAGAGCAACCAUCAGGAAAUAUGGAUGACAGCGGAUAUUUUUCAGUCCAAGUUAUAAGCAGUGCAUUAAAAGUUUGGGGAUUAGAAUUAAUUCCAUAUAAUAGUACAGAAUCAGCAGCUAUAAUGGCACAAAAUGACCCUUUACAGAUGAAAGCAUACAUUUGUAAUUACAAAGGUCAUUGGUUUACUAUAAGAAAGAUUGGACGGCAAUGGUUUAAUUUAAAUUCAGUGCUAAAUGGGCCAGAACUUAUAUCGGAUACUUAUCUUUCAAUGUAUUUAGCCCAAUUGUUACAAGAAGGUUAUUCUAUUUUUAUUGUUAUUGGCACGCUUCCUCAAUGUCCUGCAGAUGAUAUUCUUAUGAGAAACCCAACAGAAUCUGUAUCAAAAGGACAAACAUCAUCAAAAACAGAAGUAAAAGGUUCAAGUAGUAGUAUAUCAAAUACAUUUGCCAAAGCAUUAUCGAGUAAAGAAAAAAUACCAACAAGUAAGCCACAAGAAAAGAUAAUUCCUAUAAAAAUUGAAAAAAGUGAUGAAGAUGACGAUGACAAUGCAGAAUUGCAAAGGGCACUUCAAUUAAGUUUUGAAGAUAACAAGAGAAAUGAUGUGGACAAAUAUCUCAAAUUGAGUUUGGAUUUUCAUGAUUAUAAUAAAAAAACAUGUGGAACAGAUGACACAGAUGAAGAUGAUGAUUUAAGAAGAGCUCUUCAAUUAAGUUUAGAGUGCGCUACUGCUCCACCAACACCAGAAUCUGAAGACUUACACUGGCGUCAAUUAAAUCACUUUGGUACAUACUCAAGGACAUCAAAUGGUGAAACUUCACAGAAACUGAAUAUUUAA